UCGAAUACAGUACGUGCUGCGUCCCCGUGUCAUCACACGCCUAAUCAAAAGAGAUCAAUCUCUGAGACCCUCUGUGAUAGUUGGUUGCUCUGCGGCGUGCGAUACGGAUUAGGAGUGGGACGCCGGCACGCGCUCUCAUCAAGGAGACCAGUAGGUACCGUUUGUCGCUUUUUUCAGAUUUUCAGACAGAUACCGGGGCCUGCGUCACCAACGUGAUAUGAUACCGAGUAUGAUAAGCUCCCGCUCCGUAGAAACAUCUUGUUGGCCAAUUCGGAUCUGAAUAUUGAAAUUGACAGCCCCGCGACGCCAAAAAUGACUUCGGCUUCUAGGUUCCUGGGCCCCAUUACUUAAAGAAAGUGACGCAGUCUGAGCGCUCCAGCCUUACUCGAUGUCGCUCAAUCCUGGACCGUCGACCCCACUCCCAAAGCUACAAAUCACCAUUGCGGCCCUUCUCCAGGCUGGCGAGGGCUUUGCCGGUACAGUGAUCUUCCCGUUUGUUCCAAAGUUCGUUCAAGACACUGGCAUCACUGGCGGAGAUGAGCGCAAGACUGGGUAUUGGGCCGGCGUGUUGGAAUCAUUGUUUUUCAUCACAAAAUUCCUAUCCGUGUAUAUCUGGGCUCGGGCUGCCGAUCGAUUCGGACGCAGGCCGAUUAUUCUCAUUGGCCCUCUCGGUCUCGCCGUAUCGCUGUUCGGAUUCGGCUGUUCCAAGACCUUCUGGGGGCUGUUGUUCUGGCGGGGUGCUCAGGGGAUCUUCAACGGGAACUUGGGCGUUGUGCAAACUGUGCUGGUCGAGCUAUCCGACAAGUCGAAUCUCGCGCAAGUGAUGUCAUUCACUCCGGUCGCUUGGAGCUCCAGUAGCACAUUCGGGCCUGUCAUCGGCGGGUUACUCUCUGAACCAGCGAAGCGAUUCCCCGAAUCUCUCGGAAAGCUUCGGAUCCUUCAGGAGAAUCCUUAUCUCCUCCCUUGUGCCGUGGUCGGCCUUUCAUCGCUACUGACAUUCUUGUUCGCAUUGUUUGCUCUGAAGGAGACUUCGCCUGCCAUCUUAGCUAGUCAAAAUAAACGCACUGACGAAGCAGGCCCGCUGCUCGGAGACGAUACGGCCGCAGAAACCAAUGUGUAUGGAUCCAUAUCGCCAACGUCCAAGGCAGAGGACGCUGCUCCCGAUGUCUGGGAGCUCCUCACCCCCAAGUUAACAAUCCCCUUGGUCAAUUCCGCAAUUCUCUCUCUCGUUCAUACUUCAUACCAAGUGCUCUUUCCCCUGGUUUAUGCUACAAGUAUCGCGAAUGGUGGACUUGGAUUCAGUCCAUACGACAUUGGAAUGACACGCGGGAUUUCUGGCGUCAUCAGUACCGUCUUUGCACUGGUUGUCCCGGCUCGAAUUAUCAAACGAUAUGGCGCGCGUACAUCGUACAUCACCGCGUUUUCACAAUUCCUAAUUUGUCUUGGUGCCUUCCCAAUACUUUCGCUCUUGGCGACGCGAGCAGGACGGGUCGAUGCCUUGGUGUGGUGCGUCAUCACGAUCCAGCUCACAGCUGGGCUCUGGGUGGGCACAACAUUCGCUUCACUACAGAUCUUCAUAGUCCGGAGUGUGCCGCGGCCCUCGGCGCUCUCCAAAACCAACUCUCUCAGUCAGAUGGUCGCGACAAUCACCCGUGCCAUGGCACCAUUCAUGGCAUCUUCGCUCUUUGCUGUCUCCGUUCAGAACAACUGGUUGGGGGGCUAUUUGGUGUAUGCUUUGCUUCUGGUCCUUGUCUGCGUGGGCAUUUUCAUGUCAUUUAGCUUGGAAAAGGAACCCUAGCAUCCAGAAACUUCUUUCUUAGCCUAAUUCCAUAAUCGUAGAGUAUCCUGAAUAGUGUUGCUUCUAGGCGUUUGAAGCAAAAAUUAAUCAUUGUUUGCUAUA